GGUUGAGUCGACCAGUCCUGCCUCGAGAAACAGGGCAACGCACUCGCGAGCAGAGAACGGGUCCUGCCCGAGACGAGGGACGAGCACACACGAGGGCGGUUGUGACUCGAAAUUCUCCUCGCAGAUGGGAAAACUGGGCGAAAGGAAUCGGGUUAUGACGGAUAACGUAGACGGCGGUGAGAACGUAGCAACGAGCGAGAGGGCCAAAUCGGAACCCCGAGCGCCGCCAGUGGAAAACCGCGGGAGGUGGGGCAGAGAAAGGCCGGCCGAAUCAGGAGGCGGAGAGGGGCUCAGGGGCUGAUGGCGCAGGACAUACGAAUCGACAGCACGAGGAGUGACAGACAGACAGACAGACGGACUCGAGGUGCCAGCGCCGGCCGGGGCGAGGGAGCAAUGCAUUCGAGCACGAGCGAGAGAGAAGGAGAGAAAGAGAGAAAGAGAGAGAGAGAGAGAGGAGACGUGGAUGCGAAUGUCGACGCGGCGUGCAGCGAGCGGGACGAGGGAGGAGCCGAGCGGCAUGACGAAAUUGGAGGCGGAGGUCGAGGCCGAGCGGCAAGAGCAGCGGAGCGCAGCAUUGGUAACUGCCAUUCCUGCAUGCCGAAGCUCGUCUGACCGGGCAUUGCCGGCAGGCAGGGCGGAAGAAGGAGAGUGGAGGAGCAGCGGGAGCAGAUCCAAGGCAGCAGAGCGAGGUAUCAGGGGCAGCGCGCACGCCGCAGCCCGCAGCGCUCGCCUCACGCCUCAUCAGCCCCGUCCCUCCUCCCUCUCCCCGUCCCGUCCCGUCCCCUCCCUCUCUAUCUCUCGCCUCCGUAUCAGAGCCCAUUGGGCUGCCAGUUGCGGGACUCGCAGUGCGGCCGUGCUCGGGGCUUGGUGCUCUCGAUUGUCGUCCGAGCCCCGGGUCCCGGAAAUCGGUUGUUCAGGAAUUUGAAUUUUUCCAGGUCAGAGAUCUUGGCGCCCGUUUGGGGCCAUCCCGUUGUAUCUCGACUGGGUGGGGGUGGGGGUGGGGAUCAGGCAAUUGUGGGGCCGCCCGGCAUGUCAUGUCUCGGCGGGCUUGCAUUCCUGCCUCGGAGAUCUGUGAGCAGUGAGCGAGUCCGAUGUUUGCCACUCUCGUGCCGGGCUUUGUCACCUGAGCAGUUGUUGUGCUUCACAACUCUCUCGAUCUCAAUCUCGUCGGUGUUGCAUUGACGCACCUCAACAUCUCUGGGUGCCUGCCGCCACUCCUUGGGGUUGGCUGCCCUUAUGUAACGUGCAUCAAAUCUGAGCUAGUCGUGUGCUCCACUGAAGAAGUUACACUUUCACUCCUCCAACUAUCUGAACUGAGUCGCGGCUUGGCUCUGCCUCUUCCCAACUUUAAACCUGACAUUGUGACUAGCAUGAUAAACGUCAGGCAAGUGGUUUGCUGGUGGAAAACAUGGAGUUGAGAUCCUGUUUCUCGACGUCUCUCAUCAUAUCUUCUUCUAGUGUGACAUGGAGUUCUCCAGGUUCGGUUGCUUGGGGGAAUACCACCCGGUGACCGUGCUUGUGGUGCAGGGUGGCUCUCGAUCACCGCCGGAUGGUGCUUGACGAGAGUGUGGAGCAGAUUUAGAUUCCGUCAACGAUCCUUGAGGAGUGGUGCAUCGUCAAGUGAUCAGAGAGCAUGGCGGGAGGGCAGCUAGGGUCUCCGAACUGUGAUGGGGUCGUCCUCAACUCGUUCAAUAGUCCUCGUUUUGAUAUAUCUGAAUUCCUAAAGACUCCCAAAGACAGCACCUCCGAAGAGCCCUUUUUCAACUUUGCAGGCUUUAACAUACCCACUCCUACAUUCAACUUGCUCAAUCCUCUCCCACCCUUCAACUCGCGUAGGAAUCCGAGGGGUGAGGGCUCAGAGCCCGACUUCAGUGCACUCUUGUUUGACAAAGGAGUUGAAAGUGAAGGAACGUCUGUAGACGAUACUCUGAACGGAGAAUUGAUCGCAUUUGACGAGAUCGAUGCUGAUAUUGCCAAAGAUUCAUUUGCACUCUUCAGUGGUACUCAUGAGAACUUUUUGAAUCAUCCCAUCUCUCCUCUAAGGAUAAAUGUGCCAUACCACUCCGCUGGAACUAGAAUCCCUUUGAACUUUCCGCCUCCCAUGUUCACACAAGGAUCAUACUUGGGUGGUGAGCCAGGCGGGCUCAUGGAAGUAGAAGAUCGUGCGCUAGCCAGUAUGGAGCAUGGGGCCUCGACCUCUGGUGGUGCAAAUCCUUUGAUGUGUCCUAGCACACCCAUGGAUUGGAGCAUGCCAAGAGAAGGGGCCCUUCAGACCAACUCAUCACAACAACACAACACUUUGCAGUGUGAUUCUUGUCAAAUUCUGCGCCGCAUCAUCCACUCUAAUGGUGUUCAAGAUACAAAGCUUGAGAUUCAUGGGUGUGAUGGUCAAAGCUACCACGCUGUGUUGCAGACCCGAUUUUGUAUUGAUGAUGGAUUUCCAGCCACUUUGGAACAACAGAUGGUUGAGUUCCCAGUCGGAAAUGCAGAGUAUGUAAAGCAAUUUUUAUUGCAGUACAGCCUUCUGCGGAGGAAGGAAGGUUUUGUUCUACGACAUGAUUCUCUCUCAGCUGGUACGGAGGGAUCUUGCCUAUCUGAUCGUGUCAUGGUUGCGUCUGCAAUCCGUCUUCCCAAGCAACUGGGUCAUAGUUCCCUACCUGACAUGCUUUGUACUUCUUCCGGUCAAAGCAAACUCCAUAGGAGUGGCAGCAUGGACAGCGGGGAGCACACGGAGACCGCAAUGACACCUGUUAAGCCUCCGAAAAGCAAUGCGGCGGCACAGAGGGAGAGGACAGGAAAGCUGAAAAUGUCUGAUCUGGCCCAGCAUUUUCAUCUCCCAAUUAAUGCAGCGGCCAAAGAGCUCGGCAUCUGUCCCACUGUACUGAAAAAGAUCUGUCGACGAAACGGCAUGCGCAGAUGGCCUCACCGCAAGAUCAAAAGUAUAGAGCGCAUCAUCGCGACGUUGGAGCAGACCAUUGCCGAAGGAGCCGGCCAAGGAGACGAAGGGAUCCGCAUGGAGAUUGCGAUGCUGAGAAAUGAACGUGCACAGCUCUGUGCUGGUCUCUUGGGUGAGACCUGACCACCUCCAACUGACUGCCACAGUUGUUGCAAACAAUCAAACUCUUAGCCGUACAAAGGCAGCAUCCGUCCGUCCUUCGCUGUAAACUCGGGAAAAAAUCAACACCUCCCAUUGUUUGUGUUUCUUAUGCAGCCUAAUCAGGGAAUUGCUAUCAAAUUCUUUAGGCCUAAGCCUGUGUUAUAUAGUGUAGAAUUUACACUUCAUGUAUGCAUCUUCUGGACCCUGCAGAAGGAGCCAAGUCUGUAAUGAGAUUGAAGGAGCCAAGUCUGUCAUGAGAAUUAUUUUGUUUUGGCACGUGGGAUCAACAUUGCUUUUUCUUACUUCACCCCAGAUAUCUUAAGAGCUAUACGGAAAAGAUUACGUACAACUGCGUGAACUCUGUACUAAACCGGGCCUCUAUUACAGAAAGGCCUGAGAACAAAUAAAAGCUCGAAAAUUGCCCUUCUUGCUACAUCCGGACCUCUGUAGGCUUCUGUGGUGUCAAGGGGCUUGACCCUCAGAUUCCAUAUACGGCGAACUACAGUUACAACUUACAUUUUGCUCAAAUGUUGAAAGCCGAAGGCUUCCUGUCCUUUUGAACGUUGUCCUUCAGUCGAAGGGGUGAUGGGAUGACUCCAGCACCACCGGACAGACUUACUCCCAUCAUCUGAUUCGACCUCUUCGGCUCGAUAUUCAUUCAAUAUAAAGUCGUUGAUUACAACGUGUUCCUCUCAUGCGCUCACUAUCUCUUAUGACCUCUAGACAACUGCCUUUCUCAAGCGAUUUAUCGUUCUGUCUAUGCCUGCGCCGCCCGCACGCCUCCAGCAGCUGCAGCAGUGACAAGCGCCGGGCCUGGCCUGGCAUGGCAGGGUGUCUGGCAUGGUGUCCAAUGCUAUUUUGCAGUUCUUACCUCCCUCACAGGACAGAAUCUGAAUGCUUACUCCAAUUAUAAGUUGCAGAAAAAAUACCUGGAUCAGCAGGACAGCAGGUACAGAACUUCAUGUGAAGCUUUUGAGAAUUCGAGUAAUUGAGUGACUAGUCCUGCUUCCUGCUUUCACAGCGCUAUUGGAAGGCACACAGCUUAUACACUAGACAUCGAGGAAAUGUAUUGCAUCAGAAAAGUGGCUUACGAUUAGGCUAAGGUUUUGCCUCAGUGAGUUUAGAUUUUCAGUAGCGAAGAAUAGCAAACAUUGACGCACCAAUACACGGCUCAGGGAUGUCGCCUGUCAGCCCUGGAACUCCAUGAAGACCGUGUGGACUUGAUUCGCUGAGGGUGUGAAAGUCUUCGGCAAAAAAUGUGUGGGUAGGGUCCAUAAGCUUGGGGGCUCCCCCAUGGAUAAUGAAUUUGUGGCAAAGUCCAUUCAAGUUGUUGGCAUCGACGUUUUGCUACCGU